AGUCCUGUGUUCUGUUGUUACCGAAUGAGUGGGGACGGGAGUUACUAUGGUGCGAUAAUAGGAUACGCAUGAACUGGUUGCGAUCUGGCUACGGGAAAAAGUUUUGAGAGGAAGGUAACGGAUAGUUGGCAAAAUACUCUGGCUUCGCACUCAAUGCCAAAAUAUAAAGUUUGUAGGCACACUCUGCCUUCGCGAAUUCACAGUUCAAGCGUUCGAACUUCUUGGAAGAUUGGAAAUAAAACAAAUGUUUAAUCUCCAGAGAGCAAAAACCGCCGUUUUCGAAAAGGUAAUUUCUGGGGAAUGACAAACGUUCCGCUACAAGGAGCAACUGAUGAGAGCUGCUCUGUGCCUGUUUCUUCUACUCACCAUAAGAACUGGCUGUUUCUGCCCUGCGACUGAACAUUCUCCAAUGGUUGGGGGCUUUUGGAGUUUUGGCAGCUCGAUUUUUUCCCUCCAGAUACACCUGUGCUCAGAAUGGUGUGCAGAGCUGAGAAUGUGGGACGAAUCAACAGGCUUUCGUUAAAACAUGACUUACUGUUAUGGAUCUCAUGUGAGCUGUCGAAGAGGAAACGUGUACAGGGCGCAAGUUACACUUCAGAGUAGGCCUACUUGUUUAUUUCUAUAGGGGUGGUGUUCACUAUGAUCUAUUACUUAUUCAACCGACUGGAUAUUAUCAACAAGAUGACCAAGAUGCUUCAACAUACCCGAUGGCGCUGAAAAGAACUUGCGAGCUGCUCUUCUAAAUAAUACACGUUGUUCAACUUUGCGUCUUUACCCCGUCAAGAAUCCGUCAAGAAGACAUAAACCAGCCAAUGUCUGCCUGCAGCAGUUCGUCCCUUCCGCCCUUACCUAGACUUUACCCCCUCUCUGUGGCCCCCCACCCAGUGGCCCCACCGACUCCCUCGCCGUCUCCAAGCCCGCCGGCAACGCUCUACGGUCGGCUGUCAAAUGGGAGUCUCAGCGCCCCGAGCCCCACCAACUCCCAGUGCUCUUUCCACGGGGUGUCUUUUCUCCUCCAGAUCGGACUCACCAGGGAAACAGUGAACUUGGAUGCCAGCGAUCUGUCCGGGCUAGCUGCGGUGAAGGAGCUUGUAUGUUCAAUAGUGGAUCAAAAGCUCUGGCCACUGUUGAGGACUUCCAGAUCCGUCCCCAUGCCUUGUACGUGCACUCCUACAAGGCCCCGGCCUUCUGUGAUGAUUGUGGGGAGAUGCUGUGGGGCCUGGUCCGACAGGGCCUCAAAUGUGAAGGAUGUGGGCUGAACUACCACAAGCGCUGUGCCUUUAAGAUCCCUAACAACUGCAGCGGGGUGAGGAAGAGACGGCUGUCCAACGUGUCCCUGCCUGGAGCCGUGCUGUCCGUACCCCGCCCAGCUCCCAUUGAACACGUCCCUACACCCCAGGAAGAGCUGCGCCCUCUCCUGGGGGCAGGGAAGCGUAACAGCCUGUUAAGCGGCAGACCUAUCUGGAUGGAGAAGAUGGUGCUGGGACGGGUCAAGGUGCCGCACACCUUCUCAGUGCACACCUACACCAGACCAACCAUCUGCCAGUACUGCAAACGCCUGCUCAAGGGCCUGUUCCGUCAGGGCAUGCAGUGCAAAGAUUGCAAAUUUAACUGCCAUAAGAGAUGUGCGGCCAAGAUACCAAGAGACUGCCUCGGUGAGGUUUCCUUUAACGGAGAACCAGCCAGCCCAGGCCCCGACUCUGAGGCCACCAUGGAGGUGGACAACAGUUAUGUGAACAGCGAGGGUAGCCAAAGCAUGGAAGACCCAGAAGAGCCCUCCACCCCAGACGACAAGUUCUACAUAGAGGGGCCCUGUCUGGAAGGGGACAAGGACGAGGAGACAGUCAAGGCUAUCAGCCCCAUGACGAGCACUUUCAUCCCCCUAAUGCGGGUGGUUCAGUCCAUAAAACAAACCAAGCGGAAGAGCUCAACCAUGGUUCGGGAGGGGUGGAUGGUCCACUAUACCAGCCGAGACAACAUGAGGAAGAGGCAUUACUGGAGGCUGGAUAGCAAGUGUCUGACCCUGCUGCAGAACGAAACGGGAUCCAAGUAUUACAAGGAGAUCCCGCUGUCAGAGAUCCUACAGGUGGAGCAGGUGCAGGACUUCCACAGCCUGGCCCAGGGCAGCAACCCUCACUGCUUCGAGAUCAUCACCGCCACCAUGGUCUACUACGUUGGGGAGAAUAACAGCGGUCAAUUCCAUAACCCUGCCCUGGCCGCCACCGGCGUGGGGCUAGAGGUGGCCCAGGGCUGGGAGAAGGCCAUCCGGCAGGCGCUGAUGCCUGUCACUCCCCAACCCAGCGUCUGCACUGGCCCUGGACAGGGCAAGGAUCACAAUGACCUUUCAAUCAGCAUAUCAGUGUCUAACUCACAGAUCACAGAGAAUGUGGAUAUCAGUUCAGUCUACCAGAUCUUUGCUGAUGAGGUCCUGGGGUCGGGCCAGUUUGGGAUUGUGUAUGGAGGUAAACACAGAAAGACUGGGAGAGACGUGGCCAUCAAAAUCAUCGACAAGAUGAGGUUCCCUACCAAGCAGGAGAGCCAGCUGAGGAACGAGGUGGCUAUUCUCCAGAACCUUCACCAUCCUGGGAUCGUCAACCUGGAGUGCAUGUUCGAGACUCCCGAGCGGGUCUUUGUUGUCAUGGAGAAGCUCCAUGGCGACAUGCUGGAGAUGAUCUUGUCCAGUGAGAAGAGCAAGCUCCCUGAGCGUCUCACCAAGUUCCUAGUCACACAGAUCCUGGUGGCUUUGAGGCAUCUCCAUUUUAAGAACAUCGUUCACUGUGACCUGAAGCCUGAGAAUGUGCUGCUGGCUUCCGCAGAGCCCUUCCCUCAGGUGAAGCUUUGUGACUUCGGCUUCGCUCGCAUCAUCGGCGAGAAGUCGUUCAGGCGCUCCGUGGUGGGCACGCCCGCCUACUUGGCGCCUGAGGUCCUACGCAGUAAAGGCUACAACCGUUCCCUGGACAUGUGGUCAGUGGGCGUGAUCGUUUACGUCAGCCUCAGCGGGACCUUCCCCUUCAACGAGGACGAGGACAUCAACGACCAGAUCCACAACGCUGCCUUCAUGUACCCUCCCAACCCCUGGAAGGACAUCUCUGGAGAGGCCACAGACCUGAUCAACAACCUCCUCCAGGUGAAGAUGAGGAAGCGCUACAGUGUGGACAAGUCUCUCAGUCACCCCUGGCUCCAGGAUUAUCAGACGUGGCUGGACCUCCGGGAGUUUGAGACACGCCGAGGGGAGCGCUACAUCACCCACGAGAGCGACGACACCCGCUGGGAGGAGUACGCCGACGAGAGAAGCCUGCACUACCCCAAGCACUUCAUCAUGGCACCCAAUCUGGACGACAUGGAGGAGGACCCCUAGUGGCCGGGAGGACUGCCUGCAGGAUGCACGUGUUUCAGGAGGAGUUCACAGGGCAUCCUGGGACUCGGAGUCUCAUGGCUAGUGCUUGGGUCCCUGGAACCUGCCACUCCUGGCUGAGACUGUAAGCUUAAACAGGCAGAGAUGCAUAUAUUAGCCUACAUGUAUGUGCAUGAAGGUGUAAUCGUGCACUACUACAUGGAACAGACAGGAGGCGAUGCAGUGGACAGGCAGCAGUGGGGUGGUACAGUACCAUGACGUGACAUGGGAACACACGAUGGUGUUGUGAGGGAGGGGGUGAUGAUCGAGUAUCUUUAAGUUGUUUUGUUUUCAUCACAUUCCAGAGACAUGGCUUCUUUCUCCGCCGGCUGCCUUCUCUUACAAGCCAUAAUAUACAGUGUGUCUCAUGAGGCUGAAAGACAUACAUUACCUUUGUGGGUUGGUUAGAUAGGGAUUCCCCCAGCAACAGUAAAAAACAUUUGCACUGCUUUUCAACCCAGAAAAGGGGUUUCUAUAAAAUAUGGUUACUUUAGACCAAAUCCUGGAGCCCGAGAAACAGACAAGCUUUUCAGCUUCAACAGCAUAUUGUUUUAAUGUUCUUAGUUUAACAUGUGUAUUUGAAAUCUCGUCACGACUCCAUUCAAUUGUUAGUUUACCAUGAGAGUGCUAAUUUUGGAAAACUUUUCUUUCUAUUGGUUUUAUGUAAUGCUAUUGAACUGGAACACUUAAAGGGAUACUUUGGGAUUUUUGCAAUUAAGCACUUUCCUCCCCAAGAGUCAGAUGAUCUUGUGGGUACCAUUUUUAUGUCUCUUCAUCAAGCAUGAAGGAAGUAAGAGGUAUUUUCGCAAGCCAAUGCUAACUAGCGUUAGCGGGAUAUGCCUGGUAGUCUAUGGAAUCUACUAGCAUGCUAGCAGUUACCAUAGACACCCAGUCAUUGCGCUAACGCUAGUUAGCAAUUGCACUAACACUAGUUAGCAACUUCCUUCAAACUGCACGCAGAGACAUAAAAAUGGUACCCACAAGUUAAUCUGACUGGGGAAGUAGAUAAAGGGCUUAUUUGCCAAUCUCCUGUAGUAUCCUUUUAAUACAAAAUAUGCUAAUGUCGUGGAUAUUCACUCAGUGGCUAGUUUAAUAGCUAUACCAUCCCGUUCACAAAAAUGGUUCGCUCCUACAGACAGUGAGUCACGUGGCCGUGGCUUGCUAUAGAAAGCAGGCAGACAGGCAUCGAGACAUUCAGUUACUAUUCGCUUAAACGUUAGAAUGGGUAAGACGAGUGACCUAAGCAACUUUGAGCGGGGUAUGAUUGUCGGUGCCAGGCACGCCUGUUCCGGUAUCUCAGAAACGUCCGUUCUCCUGGGCUUUUCACGCACGAAAGUGUCUGGGGUUUACUGAGAACGGUAAACGAAAAACAUCUAGCCAGCAAUAGUCCUGUAGGCGAAAACAGCUCGUUGAUGAGCGCUUGAAGGAGAAUGGCAAGAAUCGUGCAAGCUAACAGGCGGGCCAUGAACAGGCAAAUAACGGUGCAGUACAACAGUGGUGUGCAGAACUGCAUCUCUGAACGCACAACUCGUCUGUCCUUGUCACGGAUGGGCUAUUACAGCAGACGACCUCACCGGGUUCCACUCCUAUCAGCUAAAAACAAUAAGAAGUGGCUUCAGUGGGCACGCGAUCACCAACACUGGGCAAUUGAGGAGUGGAAAAACAUCCAACAAAUCCCGGUUCCUGUUUCGUCAUGUGGAUUGCAGAGUCAGGAUUUGGCGUAAGAAGCAUGAGACCAUAGGCCCAUCCUGCCUGGUGUCAACGGUAGAGGCUGCUCAAUUGGUAACAAGGCACAGUUAGAUCCCUUGUUACCAAUUGAGCAAUUUUUCCAUUUCCCAAACAAUUCAGGCUGUUCUGGAGACAAAGGUGGUCCGACCCGGUACUAGAUGGGUGUACCUUAUAAACUGGUCACUGACCACAUAUAUAUUUAUUUUGCUUAUUCGGUGAGAUGUUUUUUUGCACUUUUAGGUAACUGUAAUCUCUGGCUCCCUUAUUGGAUGCCUUGAAUGACGUUGUGAAACAAUCAGCAGCUGCUCCACACGGUCUUAUCAUCCCUCCUUAGAAAAAUGCCAGAUUUUAAAAAAUGAAGCUAACUCAAGCCUGAGAAUUCUACCCGUAGAAAUAUAAUUAAUAGAAGUAAUUCUAUUUUUAGGAUUCUACCCUUUUUUUAAAUAUAUACGAACAUUCUGGAUGUCAUCUAAAUGGAGUACAGUGCUAAGUGUCAGAAAAACAUUGAUAUGAUUGGUCAAUGAUAACCAAGCCUAGGAAAUUGUAGAUAUUAACUCUCUGCUCUCAGCCAUACCGUUAGCUUACAAAUGUUAUAUUUUUUAAUGAAGUAAAGAUAGUUGAUAAAUGUUUUUCAAGUACCAAAUGUAUGAUUUUUGUUCAAGAACUGAUGGGCCUUCUCAAAGCUUUGCCUUAUUUCUUUCCCUUCCUUCCUUGUUUCGUUACAUGACCAAUACCUUGUUGUUCCUUAUGUCCUUUGUCCUGUGUAUGUAUGGUUGACUGGGUCCACCCAAGGCCAGAACUACUGCUGUACUCCGGUGAGAGGGCUGCAGGGCCAAGCAGUCCAGCAGAUUCACCACAGAUGCAUCCCAAAUGGCACCCUAUUCCCUAUACAGUGCACUAAUUCUGACCAGAGCUAUUCCCUAUAUAGGGAAUAGAGCGCCAUUUGGGAUGUAGCCAAACGUCUGAGCACAGUGAAAGCAUGGGAGGAUACAGAGAAAGCAGCAGAAACAUUUACUCCGUACUCUGUAAUAAUACAAUGAAUGCAACAUGUUUGCUGAAGAGAGAAAUCCUAAAUGUGUCAUAGAGAGAAGAAGAGGAACGUGGCUUACCAUGCCUUCAAUACCGUGUGCGUGCGUGUGCACCCGUGUUACAUUUUCUCUGUGUUUAGAGUGUUUUUCCCAUCCCAACCUAAAUCACGAAUUGACCAUGUCUCAUUGAGUGAUGGCCUUAAUAACAUACAAAAAUACAUCGCUGGAACCAAGUGCAGACUUGUCAUGGUCACCGCAGGAUACCCACUUAAAACAUACAGUAAACGAGUAGAAAGAAUGAAUGCAGAAUUAAUUGACUGUGCAACUGUGCGCCGGCCCCAAAAAAAUGCAGAUUUUUCUUUUGUGAAAACACCAAGUGACUUAUUUGAGACACCAAUAUGUUUUCUUCUCCCUCUCCUUACUUUGGUAUUAGCCUAAUUCGGUCUCAACCCACCACUUUGGACGGUGAAACAACGUUCUGAACUUUGCCAUACAGUAUACUGUAUUUUCAGUAUACAAAGUUCAUGUAGAAGGGUAAUGACUUAAACCUGAGAUUCAUUUGUAGUUUGUGUUGCCACUGGAUUGGCAGAUGUCCGUUUUUUCUUUAUUUCAAUAUUGACAUAUCUAAUAAAACAUUUUCCCGGACAGUACUGCAGAGAAUGUACUCACUUCAUUUGCAGCUCGUUUACAAUUGGUCCUAAUUUUUUAUUUUUUUAAAAUUGAUGUAAGAUUACACAGUGUUGAAAACAUUAAUAACACCUUCCUAAUAUUGAGUUGCACUCCCUUUUGCCCUCAGAACAGCCUUAAUUAGUCAGGGCGUGGGCUCUACAAAGGUGUCGAAAGUGUUCCACAGGGAUGCUGGCCCAUGUUCACUCCAAUGCUUCUCACAGUUGUGUCAAGUUGGCUGGAUGUCCUUUGGGUGGUGAACCAUUCUUGAUACACACGGGAAACUGUUGACGAUGACAAAAACAGCAGCUUUGCAGUUCUUGACACAAACCGGUGCAUCUGGCACCUACUACCAUACAUACCCUGUUCAAAGGCACUUAAAAUCUUUUGUCUUGGCCAUUCAUCCUCUUAUUGGCACAUAGUGCACUAUAUAGGGUACCAUUUGGAAACAUAAGAACUGGGGUAGUGCUCUUUUUUAUGGCUCUAAUCUGUGUAAUUAAAACCAAAUGUCACAGAG